UGGGGGCGGUUGCCAUGUAGACCUCUGUUGGGUGUAAUGGCGUCUGUGGGUCACAGGAGCAGAUCUGUGGAUGUCCAGGUGGCUCUGCAGAAGGCCAGGAGGAAGAUCUGCGAUCUGCAGCAGCAGCUGGAAGAAAAGAGUUUGGAGGAUCAAAAAGUCUCCAGUCCUUCACCAUGGACCUCCAAGAAGGAGCUCAGGGACUCCCUGGUGGACAUGUACAAAGAUUUUUUGGACUUGGAUGAGACUUCAAAGCAACUGAGAGUUAAUCCCAGAGUAAACGAGGAGCUGCAGCAGCGUCUUCCCUCACCUUCCAGGCAGCACCUUAGCAACACCCACAGAUCAGGAAGCAGCCUGAGCCUGGACCACACCUCACCUCAGGCCCUGUAUCCUAUCAGCAGUUCUCCAUCUCCUGUCUGGAGGACAGCCUCUCCUCAGUCCCCUUCCUCCACCAGGAGCUCGUUGGCUCUUCUAUCUUCAGGUUUUCCAGGAGGUUCCGGUGAGAUGGAAGCAGACGUGGUGCCGAGCAGCGAUCCUUCUCCUUGGGCAGAGAGCUCUGAGCCCUGCAUAGAAGCAGCAGCAGCAUUCAGAGGUCCAGAUUUGCCUGCCAUGGGAAGAAACCUGCUCUCUGGUCACAGCAGCUCCCCUCAGAUUCCUGCAUCCAGCCCACAUCAGAGCCCAAACAUCUCACUCUUGCUGAAGGAACUGGACGCUCUGAGGGAACUCAACAGCACACUUCAAAAGCAGAUGGUAGAGAAGGAGAAGGAGCUGCUGAAGAGGGAGUUGGAUGAGGAGCUGAACGAGCAGCAUCGAGAAGCCAAACACUGGGAGAGACCAACAGCGGUGUUGGAGGAGUUGCUGGCAGCACAGAAGGACAGAGAUCAGGCUCUGAUGUCACGUCUACUGCUGGCCAAUGAGGAGAGAGACGAAGCUUUACUCCGGGCCCGCCAUCUGCAGCAGGCAGCUGAGUCAGAUGAUAUCAGCCUGCAGGGAGCUGAUAUGGACAUUCAAGAUCUCCUGCGGCGCGUCUGUGAGGCUGACUCCGUCCAUGAAGUGCGUCAGUUCGGCUCGGCUUUAGUUCAACAUCUGCAGCUUGCUCAGCAAAGGAGAAAUGAUAUCACAGCCCAGGAGAUGACGGCUGUGAUGGAGGAGAGGGACAAAUCUGUUGACAAAUGUAAAUGGAUGAAAGAGGACCUGCUGCAGCAGAAGGACCAAUCAGUCAGCCAGGAGGAGCUGCUGAGGCUGCAGAAGGAGAGAGAUGAAGCUCUGGACCAACAACGUCAGCUUGAGGCCCAAAUCCAAGCAUUACUAGCUGAUCCCAGCUCUCAGGCCGGCAUCACGUCCUCCCAGCAUUCCCUUCCAGCUGACGUCUCUGCAGAUCAGAAGGACUUGUCCUCUCAGGUCCAGACGCUGGUGGUCCAACUGCAGCAGCUGUCCAGAGAGAAGGAGAGCACGGCGGCAGAGCUUCAGCGCAGCCAGGAGGCUGAACGGGAAGCUGAUGAGAGGGUUCGCAGGUUGGAGCGCCUGGUGGAAGUGCUGAGGAAGAAGGUUGGAGCAGGAAGUCUGCGCGCCGUCAUCUGAUCCAUGUUUUUCAUUCAGAUCUGUGGAAAUGGACUGAUGGUUUUUAGAUCUUCCUCUUCGUUGUGAACCCUGCAGCAGCAGCUGCU